GACCUGCCCCUAACCUGGGGUUCAGGCUCGGUGUGGGAGUGCAUCGGAACGGGGGAGGCUGGCAACAUAACCGAGCGGAUCCAACAAAAAUGAACAAGAUUCAAUAACCGAGGAAGUUGGGUAGUGAGUUACUACAGCGCCAGAUGGUCAGAAAUACACAUUUCCCCUGGAGUUUAUCAAAGUUCUGUGACUGUCCUAUGGAAAUUCUGACACUAGAAUGUCUCGCCAUCAAUUCUUGUUUGAGCCAAUAACAUGCCACGCCUGGAAUCAAGAUCGGACACAGAUAGCAUUUAACCCCAGUAACUUUGGAGUUCCUGUUUAUAAGAAAAAUGGAAACCAGAGGUUGGAGAAUCAUGAACUGAAGGAGCAUAAUGGUCAAAUAACAGGUCUGGAGAUCCUUCGACCUACGAGAACAACCAGCAGCACCUGGAGUGCCCGACCGAAUGAACCGAUGGGGCUGGACUGCCAACGGUGGAGCAACAAUCACGUGCCCACAGAGACCAUACAUUUACAGGCUUCUCAAAGGCCUGACCUACCCGAUCCCAUUGACCUCCUGAAGGCUGCAACCAUUGUCCAGGACCCCACCGGACACAACCACGUACCUUCCGGAACAGCAGAUCUCCCUCAACAGCUGAAAGGUCCGAAACCCAGGAAACGUGGGAGACGUGCUGGCCUGCAGACAAGAGCAAAAGAACGUGGUUUCAAGUCCCCCCUGCCCACCAUACUCCUGGCAAAUAUCCAAGCUAUUGAAAACAAACUAGAUGAACUUAAGUCUAGACUUACAGUUCAAAGGGAAUUGAGAGACUGCUGUGUGCUCUGUUUUACAGAGACAUGGCUCACUCGUGCUACGCCUGACUCUAUCUUACAACCUGAGGGUUUCUCAAUUCACCGGAUGGACCGCUCAGCCGCCUUGGGCAAGGGAACGGGUGGUGGGGUCUGCCUCCUAAUCAACAACUCUUGGUGCUUAGAUGUGGUGAACCUGGUGAGUUACUGCUCUCUGCACCUUGAAUAUCUAAUGGUGAAGUGUUGUCCUCCCUACCUGCCACAGGAGUUCACCUCUGCUAUUAUAACAGCAGUUUACAUCCCACCCGAUGCAGAAGUGAAGAAUGCGCUUCAUGAAAUUUGCAUCACUACAAAUAGCCUUGAGAUGGAAUACCCCGAGGCUUUGUUCAUUGUAAUCGGUAACUUCAACCAGGCCAAUCUCACGAGUGUGCUUCCCAAAUACCAUCAACACAUCACUUGUCCCACCAAAGGUCCAGAUAUCCUUGACCAUUGCUACACAACCAUCAAAGACGCCUAUCGCUCCAAACCCCGCCAGUACUUUGGAAUAUCAGACCGCAAUGCUGUUCUCCUUCUCCCGACUUGCAAGUAGAAACUGAAGCAUGAGGACUCUUCUUACACAAAUAUUAUUAUUAAAAGCUCAUUACUUUAAAAAAGAAAA